AUGGAGAAGACAGAGCAGCUCAACUAUAAAGAUUGGCAAGAAGCCAUCAAGGCCGGUGGUGGCUGGAAGCCUGGACCUGGCAUGACCGACAAAGGAAAGAUCUUUGUGGUUGGAAGCGGCCUCGAAUUUGAGAAGACGAAGCGAGCCAACCAGCGAGGUGGCCAAGGAACAUGUUUGGCACAGAAUGUCAAGUGGUCACUGAAACAUCAGGAGGAGCCACAACCAAUGUUUGGCACCAGCGAUGCCGAAGCUCUCGAAUCGGCAGCGCGAUACAUGUUCGAAUGGCCUGAAGACGACGUUCAGAACCCAUCCGUGUGGACUGUAUUGAGGGCGGAUGCGAGGCUGCGCAGCGAUGGAAAAGAG